AUAGCAGAAGAGAACCACGAGGCGGCAGCAGCAGCACACCACCGCUGAGUGCAGUCAGACUCAAGAAAGAGAAGAAGAAGAAGAGGAAGGAAGCGGUAGUUACAAAACAGUGAAAACAAACAGUGCAAUGUUUGGAUUCUUCAGGAAAACUAAACCCGUUAAAAUUAGGAGUCGUGAUGAAAACAAAAAGUACGGAGUUGCAGCAAAAGAUGUGAAGGAGUUGCUUAAAAAAGGCUGCAAGUUAUUAAAGUUGCCAUCUUCUGGUACACAUGUUUGUUUGUAUGCAGAUGGGACAGAAGUGACGGAGGAAUUCUUCCCAACUCUGCCAGACAACACUGAACUUGUUCUUCUCGGCAGAGAUCAGACAUGGAGCGGAGUUGUGUGUGACAUCGGUCAGUUACUGAACACAGACCGGCACGCCGACGGCCUCAUCGAAGCGGCGAAGGGACUCCUGUCUGAUGAGCAGUCUCCUAAAAGGCGUAAGAUCCUGACUGACCUGCUGCACAACCUGGAGGACAGAUCUGAGCUGGAGAGCAGAGAGGAGGAUGGAGACUGGUUCAGAGGUGUUGAUGCUCGAUUCAAGACGAAGUCUGCCUACAUGAAGUUCAACUGUGAGAGCAGGAUACGGAGCUACACGAAGGAGUUGGACGAUGCCGCUAAAACCGUAGAGAAGGCUAAAGUCAGGGAAGAGCUUCUGAAAACAUCAAAAAGCCUGGCACAAAUGCUGAAGACGGCAAAGUACAACGGCUGCUACUUUGACAGGACUGAAAAGGAACCAGAUCGCCUCUGUACUCCGAAUGGAUGGUUCACCUGCCAGGGAUCAUUUGAGCAGGAAUUGUGUCGGUCUCUCCACUCCAUAAACCCGUAUGGCAGUCGAGACAGUAGGAUUGUCUUCAGUACAUGGAAUCUGGACCACAGGAUUGAAAAGAAGAGGGCGGUGAUUCCCGCUCUGCUGGACGCUCUACAGAAUCACAAGAGCACCGACAUUAACCUGGACUACUUCUACGGCCUACUGUUCACCAGGGAAAACCUGAAGCUGGUUCACAUCGUGUGCCACAAGAAAGGAGCUCACAACCUGCUGUGUGACACCAAGAGGGUUUUUAGACAAGCCAGUAACACAGACAACUCAAAACAGAAGGUCAAAGGGAGGAAGAGGCGCUUGGUGUGAAUAUUUUUACUCUUAUUUUUAUGAAAAUAAUUAAGUAUUUGUCUUAAUUUGUAUGAACUGUGACGACACAAUGUAUUAUACUGAUGCAUUCUGUGAAUUAUCAUCUCAGAAGUUAGCUGUAGAAAGGUUAGACUGAAAACCAGGUGACGUGGCCUUUUUACCUCGCUAGAUUUUUUUUAACCACAUUCUGCUUUCUGAACCAGUGAAGCCUUCAGAGCUUUAAUACAGACUGACGGUGCUUUGUUAGACAAAAGUAAUUACACUGAAACAAACCUUAAAAUCAUGAAAAACAUUUAUUAUAUAUUUUUUUCGUUGGCACGGUGAUGUAAAAGGCAUGAAAUGAUUACAAUGCGGCAUUCACUCAGUCAGAAAGUUGCAUAGGAGUGAAUAGCACUAGUGCAAUUACUGUUAAAGGGAUAGUCUGGGUGUUUUGAAGUGGCAUUGCAUGAGGUACUUAUAAAAAUAAUUAAAUCAAUAUCAGUUUGAUAGGACGUUUUACAAACUAUUGGCGGAAAUGUGCUCCGAUAGUGGAGUAAUAGUAGUAGUAAUCCACCAAAUCACACUUCAGGAUGUUCUCUUGCGAGUUAUUAAAGUCUAAGUGACAAAAAAUGUCUGCAACAACCGUGUUCUAAGAGGUAAAGUUAAUGUUUUUUUCAAUGGAGUCUGGUGGCUUUGGCAAGAGCAUAGAUGGAUACAACAGCUUUGACCAUCAUCUACUGUACGUAAUACACUGACUAUGGAUAAGUGCCUCAUCCAACCUCACUUCAAAACACCCAAACUAUCACUUUAUCAUCAAAGUUUGAUGACUAGAUUACAUUUAGUUUAAGUUAUCCUCAGUUGACUUCCACGCUGAAGACUUAUUUCACAAACCUCAACAUUUUUAGUCAUGUUUUUUUUCAAUAAUACAUUUUUCAUAUAGAAUUGUCAUGUUUGCUAAUGUGAAUCUAGCAGGAAUCUCAUCAGGGAAAAUGAUUAGCUGCAUUGAUAUAUAUGUAUAUAUAUAUGUUAUGUUACAGAUGUGUUGUAUAGUAUGUUAAGCAGCUGCCAAAACGAACCCAAAGUGGGCACACAGAUGUGUGUAUGACACUUGGUGAACAAUGACAAUCAUUUUAUACACUGGAUUUGUGAUAUUAAAUAUCUCUCAUUAUG